ACCUGUGUCCUGAACAAUAGCACAUUGCGGAUCCUGUCUAUUCCUAAAUUGGGGCCAUUAUAAUUUACACAUAUUUAGGUCAGCUAAAGAUUUUUUUUCAUAAAUUGAAAACUAAGAUCUCUGCCACAGACAUUAUCAUAUAACCCUGCCUCUAAAACCAAAAUUCAAAUCAACCCAAUCAAUCAACAACCAAUAACCAUGUCUUACUAUCCUAGAGGCCGCGGAGGAGACGACGACGCCGAUGACUUUGAUGAAUACGACCCAACUCCUUAUGGUGGAGGAUACGAUCAAGCAUUGACUUACGGCCGUCCUGUUUCCCCAUGUGCCGAAACUUGCUACGCUCCUUCAUCCGGCGGUGGAGGCAUUGACUAUGAACGUCCUCAAUACUCCUCUUAUGCCGAGCCUUCUGCCUAUGGGGAAGAAGCUCAGGAGAAUGAGUAUAAAAGCUAUGCCCGUCCCAGUUCUCGCCCCGCUGUUUCUUAUGGUGGCCGUCCUCAACCUGCGCCUGCUUAUGGAUCUGGAUCUGGGUACCAGCCCCAUCUUCCUACUCCUGGUUAUGAAGGUGGUGGUGGUGGCGGAUCGGAGUAUGAAUCUGGGUAUGGUGGAAGGCCCAAGUACGAGGAGCCUAGCUCUGAAUAUGGAUCUGGGUAUGGUGGAAGGCCCAAGUACGAGGAGCCUAGCUCUGAAUAUGGAUCUGGGUAUGGUGGAAGGCCCAAGUAUGAGAAGCCUAGCACUGAAUAUGAAUCUGGGUAUGGAGGGAAACCUCAAUAUGAGAAUCCCACUUCGGAUUAUGGUGGGAGACCUCAAUAUGAGAAUCCAACCUCAGAAUACGGAUCUGGGUAUGGAGGAAGACCUCAAUAUGAAAAUCCCUCAUCUGCGUAUGAAUCUGGUGGGUACGGAGGAAGAACUCAAUAUGAGAACCCCACAUCUGAAUAUAGAUCCGGGUAUGGGAGGAAGAGUGAGUAUGAUGCCCCUAGUUCGGAUUAUGGAUCUGGGUACGCUAGGAAGAGUGAAUAUGAUGCUCCUAGUUCGGAAUAUGUGUCUGGGUAUGGAAGGAAAGAGAGCUCGGAUUAUGAAUCUGGUUAUGGAAGAAAGGAUUCAUCAGAAUAUGGAUCUGGGUAUGGUGGAGAAAGGACUGAGUAUGAGAGGCCCAGUUAUGGAAGGGAUGAAGGCGAGGGUUAUGGUGCAUCUUCGUAUGGUAGGACUGAGUACAAGAAGAAGAGUGAUGAUGAAGAUGAGGGCUAUGGUCGCAAGAAAUAUGGUGGCAAUGAUUCUGAUGAUGAUGAUGAUGAUGAGAAACGUCAUCACAGGCACCACCACCACCGAAGGCACCAUGAUGAGGACUAAGGUUAAUCCAUCGUCUAUCUUUAAGUUGAUCUCCCCCAUCUUUCGUUGCUACCCUAUUAUUUAAAUAAGGGGUUGAGAGUGUUGUUAUACUUGUAUUCUAUGGUCAUUUUGUAGUUGUGUGCAUGAUGGCUGAGUAUGCCGUUCAUCUUCAUCUACUGUUUACAAGAAACAAUCUUUGUGUGUAUACAAUGGUGUUUUGAGUUUGUUUUGAACUACUAUAUAUAUAUUAGCAUGUUUUGCCUUUA